GUUUCAAUAAUCACAUACUUCAAACGUAAAUAGAUAUUUCAAUCAAUUUUGCCAAAUAAAUGAAGGUAAACGAAAACUCUAGGCCUUUUGGGGCCCUUGCCACCCCCACCCCUGGAUCCGUCAGUGACAAUAACAAAACCACCCCUUUCUUUAGCUUACACUCCACAUGUGGAUUAUCGUCCCACAUAAAAAAAGAAGUUGUUUCAUGACGUGACACACAACUGGCAUUCAAGACUACGUACGUAGCAUAACAAUUGCUGGUUCUUUCCAAUACACGAGAGCUCAUAUUUGACAUCGCAUUUGCAAUAGGAAACUUCAGAUGGGUUCACAUCCCAACUAAUAAAACUUACAUUUUUCGAACUUGAAUGUCAACCAACUAAAUGGCACAAACGACUAAUACCUAAUUCGUUAUAUCUCUCUCCCGUCCAGCCUUGUCUUCUGUAUUCACUUUCAGUGCUUCAGCUGCAGAUAAUCCUGUUUGUGAAUAAUAGAGCGCAUGGACCGGCUGUGGAUGUCGUGUCGCGUGAUCCCUGGCGAGUGGCGAUCCCGUGAUCCUCUUGAAUUCCGUCAAAUCGCUGUUUGGUCUGAGAUUUGGAGCAAGUGAAUAGGCGAGUCCCUUUGGUUGACUAUGCCCUGUUGGAUUCAUAACCUCAUUAAAGUAUAUUUACUCGCUCAUAACAUGAAUUUCAUGGUAUGAAGUGCUUAAGCCCAUCGAGACACUUCAACGAUGUGUAAGCCAGUGAGCAUGAAGUGUCGAUGUGAUCUUGAAUUUGGUUAAGAGAGACCUAUGGCUCGUAAAAUUUAAGCCUGAAGUGCAAUUGAGUAGUAAUGGGAUAAUAUUUUUUGGUUCCUAAUCGUGUAAUUGUGGGAAUGUCUUCGCAAUGGACUCAUAUUAGUGACACUAGAGUUUUAUUGCAUUUUCAUGUAACUCACUAGCAAAAGUGAUAUAAAAUGGAAACUUUCCAUGUGUUGGCUGACAUUCAUGACUUAUCCCCUAUAUUCACUCCUCUUCGAACAACCCAACGCAUUAAGUACACGUGUUUCAAUGUAUCUCAGAAUUAUUUAGUUUUUGGAGCCUCUAGUGGUGGACUUUAUGUAUUCAGGAGAGAACCAUGUUUGUUCCUUCAGCUCCUUCCUCAUCAGGAAGGAGCUAUUGUGCAUGUAGCAAUAUCUCCUGAUGAAAAAUUAUUUGCAUUUGCCAGUGUGAAAGGUGUUGUUUGUGUUUUGGAGAAAAAUUCAUCUGGCUUAGGAGCACGCCGAAUAUUUACUUCCAGUGAACAUGUAGGUGUUAAUAUUACCGCAUUGCAUUGGAAUAGCGUGAGCAAUGAACUUUUUAUUGGUGAUCAAGUUGGAAAAGUGUCUGUAAUCAGUCUGUUUCCUUUUAUGAUGAAAAAUAUGUUCAAUCCUCCCUCAUGCACCCUAAUGGUUCUGGAUUCUCAAAUAGUGCAGAUGGACUGGCAAGCUGAUCUACUUUUGGUGUCAACUCUGACUCGUUCUUACAUAUGUGACAUGACCAAAGAAUGCUUUCGCCAGAUUGGUGUAAAACCACGUGAUGGUGAAUAUGGGUCAUGUUUUUAUGUAUGUGGCGAUCUUCCAAUCAAGACCCAAUGUAGAACUGAAGCUGUUGGAGGAAGAUUUACAUUAGUGAGUGAAGGGGAAAAAACUGAUGGAAGUGAAGAAUCGCAAUGUGUGAAAGUUUUUUGUGCCAGGCCAGGUUCAAGGUUGUGGGAAGUGAAAAUUGAUGGAACAGUGCUAAAUACACAUCAGUUCAAGCAAGCUCUUGCCAUACCACCUACAGGUAUUAUCAAAGUGCCACAGUCCACUGAGUCUAGUCAAGAACGUGAUAAUGAACCUUCCAAAAGUACAAAUAAUCAAGAUGAUGAUGUGAUAUGGAACAAUCAGUCUUUUAAUUUUUGUAAACUUUUUAUAUUAGCUAAAAAGUAUCUAUUCACCUUCAAGAAAGAUGGAAUAUAUGUGUUUGACCCAGAGAAAGCAAGUGUAGUUAUGUGGAGUAACAAUGUUGUAGAUAUUAUCGAUGCACAAGUCUUAAAAGACACCAUUUAUUUAAGAACUUCCUCUGGCCAAAUGUUUGGCAUCCUUUUUACACCUCUUGAGAAGUUCCUAAUUCGGUUAUAUCUUCGUAAGCAGUAUGCUUUAUGUGCAGAACUAUGUGAAAUGCAUUGUCAGUAUCUAAUGAAAGAAGUACCAUCAUCAUCCAAGUUAUAUUUGCUAGCUGAUUUAGGCACUAAAUUAAGUAACGAUGAAGUUACAGAGCGAAUUUUUCCCCUACUGCAAGAGAUUUCUAAAUGUGCACAAGAAACUAGAAGUGCUCAAAGAUUAGAGUCUGGAAUUUUUGUUGUAGAAAAUCUUCAUUUUUUGUCAAAAGAAGAAUCAGAAAUGUCAAUUCCAGACUUGCCUCAAGUUAGGAGAAAUGAGAGAUUAAAAGAUAAAUCUAGAUCAUUGAGUGUUUCCCCAGACAGAUCCCGAAGGAAAAAGAAAGUUGAUAUAUUAAUUGGAAAUACAGGGACUCACAGAUCUGAUAGUUCUUCAUCACUCCCAGAAUUGGGGAAGAGUCAGUAUAAAAAUUCAUCAAGAGGAGGGAACGGUAGUAGUGAUGGUGGAAGUAGUAGUUCAAACAAUGAUAAAAUUGUAGAUUCCAAGAAAAAGUCAGAGGAUGUAGAAAAUCGUGGAUCAUCAAGUAUGAAGAAGUCUUUUUCAAAAGAAUUGUUUACUUCUUUUGAUACUUCUCCAGAAACAAUUCAAGCCUUAAAGGAAAUAGGUCAAUCUGUUUCAUCAAAAAUCACCAGUGGUACAAAGACCUUAAAGGAAAAAUGGCAAGUUCUGGAAGGAAAAAUUCUUGGAAAUGAAGCCACUCCUGAACUGUUGGACAUUAGAACAGCAGAUUAUGUAGCGAAAUUAGAAAGUCAUGGUUCUGUGAAUACAAAUGAAGAGAUUGUGUUUUCAGAUAAUUCAAAAGUGGAAAAAAGUGGAAAAAGACAUUCUCAGCCUGAGGUUGAUAUCAGUAAAGUUAUAUUAGUUCUCCAACAACUUGAUAAUUUAAGAGAAAAUGAAGAUGAAAAGAAACUUCUUAUUUGUAAAUUAUGUUUUGAAAUUUUGCUUCUUUAUAAUAAUUACAUUGCAAUAAUGCAAGGUUCAUUAAAUAAAAUUUCUAGAACAGGGAACUUUGAAGGAGAAGAUCAUGAUUCGAAAGUAAUAAUGAAGUAUUUCUUAGUGGAGUGGCCAGACAAAUCAUUUCCAUUUGAAGAAUACUUUUCUUCUGAAGUUUUGAAAGAUCUGUCGGAGAGAUUUCAUUGUUCUCUGAAAACAAAAGUGCUUGUUGGUUGGCUAGAGGAAUUGAGUCCUAUUUUGGAGAGUGACGUGUGCCUGGAAUCUUUGUUACUUAUCUAUUCUCAAGAAGCUGUUCGUUUAGAUGUUCUUCUUAGCCGAUUUCUUGUAGUGUGCUCAGAAUUGUUGGAUCCACAUUGUAUAUUACAGUGUAUCAAGGAGUCCGGAAUUACAUGCUAUUACAUGUCUUUCAGUAUUGUUCUUGAUAAGUACCAAGCAGGUGCAUUGCAACAAGUUGGGAAGGAGAGAUCUGUCGAAAGUUCAUGUUGGCAGUGGCCUUUACCCCUCAGAUUAAAUGCAAUGUUUUUUAUGCUGCAAAUGAAUCAAAUAGAAACGUGUUAUAUGAUGGGAAAUAACAUUGAUCUGCAAGAUAUUUGGUAUCUUACAUUACGCUUGCAACAACAGCAACAAGGACAAGAAUACAAUUUUGACUGCAGCCAUUCAUAUUCUAUGUUUUUGACUUACCUUGAUCGAGCAACUGACACAGGCCUUGUUAUGCAAAGUCUUUUGAAGAAUGACUACCUCACCUCUAUUACUGCAAUGGCUUUUGAAAAUGUAAACCAAGGCCUUGGUGGCAGCUGUAAGUGUGGCUUUCCUUUCCCUGUGGGUAAAGCAACACAGGUGCUCUUUAGUGAUAUUGGACGAAGUUUGUCUAAUCAUCUCUGGCUAACAAAUCACGAUCGACACCAGCAGUUAUGUGAACAUGUACCAGUUUUAUGGAAACAAAUGCUUCGUAAUACUCCUCCAGAUAAUCUUAAGUCAGUCCUGCCACUUCUUGUUCAAUUAGGGGAUUUCAGUAUAUUGGAACCACUCUUGCCUUGCAUGACACUUGAUUUAUGGAAACAGGUCCUAGACAUGACUGCCACUGUACGAUCGGGUCAGUGCCUGAAAUGUGGACUGCAGUCCCUUCCAAGGAAUGUUGGUGAUAGUGUUUGCCUUUCGGAUGUUGGUGCUCUCUUGGUGAAGCAUGUGGGGGCUUUUAGUGCCCUCGAUAUACUUUCCAAACAUUCUGCAAGUGUUGGCCAAGGAUCUCUUGAUGAAAGGUUUUAUAAAUCAUGUAUUUUCUCUACAAUUGUGGAUUCACAUUGUGAAGAUUUAAGAGCUGAUGCUGUUGAUUUAGCUCUCACUAGCUGUGAUUCACCAACAAGAAUGCCUCUUGUAUCAAAUGAGCUUGGAAAACUGCUGGAAGAAGCCCUUGCAUUGGAUUUUGCUAAAGUGACUGUUCCAAUUGGUGAGCCUGACUGCCUUCAUCAUCAUUGGGGAGUGCAGAUGAAUUUGCAAGCUGAUCCUUGUCCUUGCUGUACAUUACCUCUGGGUUCUCCAGGCCUUCUACAAGACACAGGGCUAAUGGUCUUCCAAUGUGGGCAUGCUUUUCAUGCAGUAUGUCUGUGCAAGAGGUCUGUUCAGACAGUUCAGUGUCUGAUAUGCAAUCAAGGAACUUAGAGGCAUUAAAGGAGUGGUAUGACAGGCUUUUUUAAAACAAAUUGUUCCAGAAAUCAAUGGUGCAGAAUUGUUAAUCUUUCAAAUGUGAUGAAUAGAUACAUGUUUUUCUGGUAAUGUGUUUUUACCCUGAUGAUAUACAAGUAUCAGUUUUAGAAAAGUGUUGUACUUUCCAAUUCAUUUUUGAAAUAUUUACAUAUAUGGUAGAAACUUUAUAUGAAUGCACAAGUUAAUAUUCAAUAUUGAGAAUGAAUGGUGUUGGUGGGAAAAUAAACUGAUACUAAAGACUUCAAAGUUGCAGUUAUGCAUUUCUUUCCCAUGACUAUUGGGUCUGUGAAAGUCUUUGCACAAAUUGUGCCAUUUUAUGUGGGUAGUCUGUGUUUUUAAAGUACAAUACCUUUAAACUUGUGAAAUUUUGACAUUAAAUACUUCUGAAUUUUAAAAUAAACAGUUAUUAGUAAAUAUAAAGAGAUCAAUAUAUCCUAAAAUGUAAAGAUGCAAAUAGGUGUAUUUAUAUCCAUAAGGCUAAAAAGUAUAUUUUUACCAUUUUAGUUGAUAAGUAUUGAAUGUUGAGCAUUUCAGGAAAGUGUUCAUCGUGAACCCAUUGAAUACAUAAUAGAAGAUAAUCUAUCUGUCCUUGAACCAAUAUCAGUCCAUUUGGUUUAUAAAAUACGCCAUGUGUGCUGCUAGGGCAGUUAAAGAAAGAAUUUGUUCUUUAGUUUAGUACAAGUUACAUGUGCCAUUUAUGGAAUUGUAUUUAUUGAUAAAUAUGUUAUUGUGAUAGAUUAUAUUUCAUAGUGCAGUCUCUGUUUUUUGUAAUAGAUGCCUAUAUAUUGAAUAUUAAUUUAAAAAUUAAGAACAUAAUUUAGCCAAAAGUUAACUAAAUAGAAUUGCUUAUAAUUACAUGUAAGUUUUAUAAAGAAGUGUCGAAUUUCAUACCAGUAUCAUAUUGUCCAUAGACACAGUGACUGUUUUGAAAACAGUAUGUCGUCAAAAACUAUUCGAUGAUAUGUUCAAAAUUUAAGUGAAUGGAAAUGAAAAGAAUUGUUGUUAUGUAGAUAUUUAUUAUUCAGAAUAAUUCAUAUCUACAAGGUGGAAUUUCUGUGGUUUAUCAAAAGACUAGUCACUAUAUUGUUGUUGAUACAAUAGAUGCAUUUGCAUGUUAUUUGCUCAUAGCGUUAUUAGGAAUUUGUGUAUUUUGUAAUAUUAUGUUUGUAUUUAAAUUAUGUUUUUUUGUAAAAAAUAAAAUAAAGUAAAAUCUUCCAUCCCAUGAAAGUUUUAUUAUUAUGGA